GUUAAAAGGAAGAUAACUCAUGUAAAACGCGCCAUUUAUAACUUGGGAGUUGGAAGUGUUAAUUUUAGGACAAGUAACAUGCUAAUAACAAAUACCAUUAUUAAAAAUGAGUAAAUCUAAGGAAGCAGGUGCAGCGAAAGGUAUUCUCAUUUACCUGGCCCAACAGAACAGACCAUACAGUGUAGUGGAUAUUUUCAACAAUUAUGGCAAAGAAUUUGGAAAAACGGCUGUGCAAAAGGCAUGUGAAUCCCUGGCCGAGGAAGGCAAAAUCCGAGAGAAGGUGUACGGCAAACAGAAAGUGUAUGUCGCAGAUCAGUCGCAGUUUCCUGAUGUGAAUGAUGAGAAACUCAAAGCUAUGGAUUUAACAAUAUCCAAGUUAACAGAUGAUUUGCAGAAUGAACAAACAGAAAUGAAAAAACUAGAAAGUGAACUGAAAGUGUUGAACAGUUCAAUAACAACAAAGGAAGCUCAAAACCAGAUUGAGGAGUUAACAAGAGAGAUUGAAACAAUGACAGACAAACUGAACACAUUGAAAGAAGGCCGAGUUCUCAUCUCUCCACAGGAAAAGGAAAAAGUUUACAAGAACAGAGUUAAAUAUGUAAAAGAAUGGAGGAAGAGAAAAAGAAUUUCAACCGACAUCGUCAGUGCAGUUCUUGAAGGAUAUCCCAAAACAAAGAAACAACUAUUGGAAGAAAUUGGCAUAGAAACUGAUGAAGAUUACAAUGUAAAACCACCAGAAGUUUGACAAAGCCGUGGGAAGCAGAUAUUACAUAAAACAUUGCCAAAAAUACUAUUUGAAAUACAUCAUUGAUGUGUUUUACAAAUAUCCCUUUGUGUAAGAUCUGAGCCCUCUGUUAAGACAUGCAUCAAAGACUGCAAUAGGCUAUUAUAAGCCGGUUUUAGUGAAUAUACCGUAAAAUGAGUUCUACAGAGCGGAGAUUUUCAAUUAAAUUUGUGUUUGCUUGUUCUUAUAUAUUUUAUUUAUUAUUUACAAACAAAUAAAAUAUUUUUGUUAGUAA